AGAUUCUGUAGUUCCCUGAGGUUGUUUCGUUUUUCGAAAUUUUUUUAAUGAUUCAGUGAGCGUGUUGAGUUUUAUACUUCACCAUGGCGGUCGUCGAAUUCCGGAUUCCCGGAAAUCUUCGAGACUUGGUGGGAUCUGCGGACGAAGGAAACUUCGCAGUCUCUGCGAUUUAUAAUGCUGAAGACUUGCCUUAUCGGUUAAGAGAUGCCUUGGACGAGUGUCAAAGCAAUGGCUGUGCUGCCGUUGUUGACAAUUUUGACGUUCUGUACUCGACGUUGCUUUGCUUCAAAGACUUGGAGGGGUCUUCGAAAAGGAGAGCGUGGGAAUUUGUCGUGACUGCUGUUCGUAGUUUGGGGAAGGAUCUAGUGUACCUAAAUGAUGAGAAGAAGUCUCUGGAUCCUGAUCGCCGGGCGAUUGACCGGAAUCUCAUGAAAAUGACGUCCUUUCUUGCUUGUGAAUUGGCGGAGUUAUUCGAACAGGAAACGUUUGACUCUAAAUUGACCAAGAGCAAUAAGAAAGGCCAAAGUUCUUCGGUAACCCCACUUGACUGGUCCAAAGAGAAACUCCGGAUGAUCAGCGCACUCAUAAGCUUGUGUGGAUGCAGCUUAAAUCGCCUGUUUGAUCCUCCACUUGUUGAUCCCGCCGUGGUGAAUGCGUACGGAAAUUUGGCAUGUUCCAUACUGAGAGACCCUACCAUUUUGCACGUCAAGUCUGUCCCGUUGAAAAACGUCGUUUUUGACCUCAUCGGAGUUCUUGUGCGAAGAUUUUCGCAUCAAAGCCGUUGUGCCUUGAAUUUGGUUCAGGGAGUUCAAUUGUACGAACAUUUUGCUGAUGUUGCUGUGGAUUGUUUGUCGUACCUACUCGGUCUUCCUGAGAAGAAAGAAUACAUGAUUUUCGCGUCCAGCGUCGUGACCAACAUUGCUCAAACGAAUCCCGAAGACGUUAACCGAGACGUGAAAGCCUCGAAGGGAUAUUCUUCCUUCCUCAUGUCACUCGCUCGGAAACAGCCGGGAGUUUUCAAGCACGCCAUCAAAUAUUUGAUUGAACACCUGGAAGGCGAGUCGCACAACAUGCGGAUCGCGGUCCUGACUGUGCUCAAGGAAUGCAUCCGUCAUUUGACCACUGACGAGAUGACUGAAGAGGACCACGAGCGAGUUGACGAAUAUUUCCAGUUUCUGUGCGAUCACACGGAAGACGUAAUAUCGUUUGUGCGGAAGGACGCGUUGAGUUUGUUGGCAGAACUGGCUAUGCCCAGGAACAUGACGAACGAUGAGUUCUUGGACGCCAUUCUGGCUCAAGUGGCGCCUCGUGUACCUUUGGAAACGUAUAUUCCUGUUGUGAGAUACGCGGGGAUGGUGAAAAUUUGCGACGAGAGAAUGUUUGACAAGGCGAGCACGGUGCGGAAGGCUGCUACCAAUUUCUUGAGGAUCCUGACGAUCUAUAAUCCCUAUUAUAGCUGUUUCGGUAAGGAAAAUUUGGACACCCUUAUAAAAGAGAGAGAAGAAAAACUUCAGCAGAAGAUCAACGAACUGAAGCCAGCGGAACACAGCGAAGCAGAAACUGAGCGCCUGCGUAACUUACUAUUGAAACUUCCCGUCGAUGCUGAAGAACCGCAGGAUGUGCCACACCAGGACGGAGAACUGUCAAUUCGCGGCGUGAAAUUGCUGUUCCACGCGUAUCAGAUUUUCACUCGCUACCAUGGAGCUGAGCCACCUGUGGUACCUGCGGAACUCGAUCCUCAGACUGCUGCUAUUGAAAGUGACGAUGUUGCCAAGUUGUCGGAAAUCAGGUUGCUCCGCCGGAACUUGGAAUUUCUGAGGGCAGCGAUCGAGUAUCGCGACGGGAUUAAGCACUGCAUGGGUCAGAUGUGUAAAUUACUGAGAUCCACUGCUGCCUCGGAUGUUACUGAAGCUAUCAGGUAUUUCACCGAAACUUACACCUUGAACAUGGAUGAGUCAUUGCUUCCCCUGAGGCGAAUGUUGAUGCUGAUGAAGUCGAAAGAUGAAAGCAUUGUCAAGGCUGUCAGGGAAGCGUACGAGUUGUUGUAUCUGCGAGUGCAGUUCCCGGGAGAAAUGGAUCCCAGCGAGCGGGAAGUGAGGACCCGGUUGCAAAUUGUCAAGAACCUUUCGGAAAUCGUCCUCAAGGCGAAUCAGGGCGAGUUGGCUGCCCUCGAAUUGCUCGUACAGAAAUGCUACGAGGAAGGAAAGCUAGAUGCUGCUACGACGGACACGCUGUGGGACCGGUUUGCGUACAAAAUUGCUGGCACCACUCCGGAGCAUUCGCACUGUGCUCUGAUCUUGCUCGGAAUGGCGACUUCAGCUGAUCCUACCAUCGGACUCAAGAAUUUGGACGUAUUCGUGGAAUACGGCCUGAAGCGUGCGUACGAAGUGGAAAAUGGCUGCGUGGUUCGGACGAAUCUCAGCAUUGCUGCGGACGUACUUCAAGUACUUAGAAAACUGGUGUACUUGUCGAUCCAUGGUACGAAACCGAGUACUUCUUCUCUUGCUCCGAAACGAGGGAAGAAGACUAAUUUGGACGCGACGCCGGAGCCGAAUCCAGCUGAAGGUCCGAGAUUCUCGCGGUUCCCCUCGUCUCAUCCUGUGAUCCAGGAAACCGUGAAACUGGUGAAAAUGAGCUUCUUUUCGGCCAAAGACCGGAUGUAUGCUCCGAUGGCUGCUGCCGCAGUGAAAUUCAUCUUUAUUGCUAGUCAAGAACCAUUGGAAUUGUGCAAACAGUUGGUGCACCUCGUGACUGCGGCAAUACGAACGAGUGACGAGAACUCUCCGUCCCAAGACUUUCCCCCUCGAGGCAUGAUGGCGUCUGUGCUCACGCGUUCGUUUGCUCUGCUUGGCGAACUGGCUCUGGGUCUUGCUGAAUAUUUGGACAUGCAAGUCCGCCCCGAACUGCGGCGCCGUGAGCAGGAGAAGCAGCGUGAAAAGGACGAGCGUCGCCGGAAAGCUGGGAUGAAACCCUCGUCGGUGGUUCGGAACAAACGAAUGUCUGUGCGCAGCGAGAAGCUCGGGGACUUGUCGGGGGAUUUUGAGCUGGAUUUGGAACUCGGACUGGCUGCUGCGAAUUGCGAGGAUGCGGUUUCCGAAGCUGUGAGAGAGAUUUGCGAGAAGAAGAUUGUCACUGGGAAUGGAUGGCUUGCCCAGUUUGCGCCUCUCAUACUGCUCGCGUGCAAGGACCCGGACACGUUUCGCCAAGUCGACCUUCGCCGAGCUGCCAUAGUUGCCCUGGGCAAGUACAUGUUGGUCAGCAAGUCCUUUUGCGAGCAACACGCCGUGCUCUUGUUUACGAUUAUGGAGAAGGACCCGGACGAGAUCAUUCGGAGCAACUGCGUCGUGUUGGCCUGUGACCUGGCUGUUAGGUUCCCGAAACAGAUCGAUCCCUACACCAACAAAAUUUUCUUGCGUCUGUCGGACGAGUGCCUUCACGUGCGUUUGACUGCCUUGAAGCUCAUCACCGAGAUGAUUCUCAAUGAUAUUUUCAAAGUUCGUGGAUACAUUGCUGACGUUGCCAGAUGCAUCGUGGACGAUGAUCUGGACGUUUCUUCCCUGACUCGCGAGUUCUUCCGAGAACUGUCCAAGAAGAACAACAUGUUGUAUAAUACGUUGCCGGAUUUGAUCUCAGGCCUGAUGGAUCCGACCAAGCCAUUAGAACAAGAAGAAUUUCAGAUCAUCACGCGCUUCGUCUUCUCCUUGAUUGACAAGGAUAAGCAAAUGGAAGUGCUGGUGGAGAAGAUCUGCGGUCGACUGGGAGCCGCCAUAACAGACAAGCCGCAGCAAUGGGAGAAUCUCGCUUAUUGCUUGGGGCUCAUCAAGUAUAAUGAAAAGACGUUGAAGAAGUUGAUGGAGAACUUCGCGUGCUUCAAGAGCAAGCUACACGUGAACGGAGUGCACAACACGUUACUCGCCAUCCUGACCCAGGCCAAGGGCAGUAUGAAGGACCGACCAGUGCUCCUUGGCGAAUUUGAGAACCUCGUGCAGCAGGAGCGAGAGAAGAGCGUGGGCGACAAGGAAGCUGUCGAGCUCGGACACGAGGCCCAGAAUCAGGCCCGACAGAAGAAGGCCACCGGCAAAAAGGACACGCGUCGGCAAUUGCGCGAAAUCACCAAUACGCCCAGUGAUGACGAGGACUUUGCCGGCGGCGACGCUGACGAGGAACCCCCUGCGAGCAGAUCACGACCAGCAAGAAGGAAAGCUGUGCCUUCGCGAAGAGCUCUCAGUGACGACGAAGAUAACAAUGAGCAAGACAAUCCUUCCAACGACAGUGACGACGACAACGGAUCCGUCGCCCCGCCGCCCCGACUGAAAAUGAGUGACUUAUUGCAGAAAGAAAAGAUGGUCCUUCAGGUCGUCAACGCGGAAUUGUUGAAGCAGGAAACGCUGACGAAGAAGGAAAGAAAAGCCUUGGCCAUCAAGAUAACUCAGGAUAUAAUAGAGGAUUUGUUUGACCGUGUGGAGCUUGAGCAUCUCAAGGAACUCAAUAGUACAGCUUGCAGACAAAUAGCGUCUGAACCCGACCGUCUGGUCACGAAUGACUACGUGAAUGCGAACCCGGUGAAAGUUCUGAAAGCUGAAAUGAGGAAACUGUCGCAGAUCAGGGAGCAAUUUCCUGAGCAGCUUGCGAAUGCAUUUGGUGAAGUGGUGAAGAAGUCAUGGAAAAAUAUUUCGACCGAGUGUGACAGAGCUGUUUUGGAACACGCAAAGCAAGUUUUGGGCCCGUCCCGGGAACAUUUGUUGGAGAGCAACAAACUGCCCAGUCAGGUUGACGAAGUUGCCGUUGAAGUUGACAAACUGACGCAGGCUGUUGUGCCUCCAAGAAGACCAAAGCCUGUGGCACCUCAGCAACUACCUUCUCAUGCCCUGGACAGGCUGCCCCAAUCUUCAGAAGGGUAUCUUCCAGCCGAAUUCGACCCGGCCUAUGAAACGGAACCC